AACACACAAGCUUGGCUUUGCGGUGUUUUCCAUUGGAUAUAAGCUCUGAGUUACAGAAAAUAGAGAAAAAUAUGACCGAAGUGCAAAAUAAUGGUACGGAAAAGGAGGUCGAGGUGGAAAAACCGGCUCCGACCCUGUCCGGGCCGAUAGUGGGUAUUAUUUAUCCUCCACCGGAAGUAAGAAAUAUCGUCGACAAGACGGCCAGUUUCGUGGCCCGUAAUGGUCCGGAGUUCGAAAGUCGCAUCCGACAAAAUGAGCUCGGAAACCCAAAGUUUAACUUUCUCAGUCCCGGCGAUCCGUACCAUGCGUACUACCAGCACAAGGUGCAGGAAAUACGCGAAGGUCGGUCGGACAGUGUGGCCGGUGCCGCAGGUUCGGCGGCUGCUCCGGGUGGAGCGUUGCAAAAGAUGCAGGUACCCAGUGCAACGCAACAGAAGCAACAAGAGCUGCUGAAAGCCGUCACGGAGCAGCAGUUCGUGCCAAAAGAUCCGCCACCAGAGUUUGAGUUUAUUGCCGAUCCGCCCUCGAUUUCGGCACUGGAUCUGGAUAUCGUCAAACUGACGGCCCAGUUUGUCGCCCGCAAUGGUCGGCUGUUUCUUACCAAUCUGAUGAACCGCGAGCAACGAAACUGUCAGUUUGAUUUUCUACGACCGCAGCACUCGCUCUUCCAGUACUUUACCAAGCUGCUGGAGCAGUACACGAAGAUUCUGGUGCCACCGAAAGAUUUGAUGAACAAGUUGAAGGUGGAAAGUGCACCGGGCCGAAGCAGCAUGAACGUGGUGCUGGAGCAGGUAAAGUAUCGGGCCAACUGGAUGAAGCACCAGGAAAUGCAAAGCCGGCGGGAGGAAGAGAAAGUGGAGCGGGAGCGUAUUGCGUACGCUCAGAUCGAUUGGCAUGACUUUGUGGUGGUUGAGGUGGUAGACUACCAACCGUACGAGUCGGGCAACUUUCCACCACCGACGACACCGGACGAGGUUGGUGCGCGUGUUCUGAUGGAGGAGCGCAUGAACGAGGAGGAUCACGACAUCGAAAUGCAGAUCGAGUCGGACAAUGACGAUAGUGAGGAGGAGCCGCAUCGUGGUGGCCCGGAGAGCAAUGGGCAGGUAAAGUUAUCGCAGAUGGAAAAUCUCGUCGGCAAACAGCAGAAGGAUAAUACACAGGUACAAGACAUGGAUGAAUCGUCCAGCUCGGGCGAUGAGGAUGGUGAUCGCACUAAAUCCCUGCCGGCCCCAGUUGCGCCACCAACACACGACAAGGUCAUCGUGAAGAAGUACGAUCCGAAGCAAUCGCAAAAGGUACAGAAACCGGUUCCGGCGGCCACAGACGAUUAUCUCAUCUCGCCCAUUACGGGUGAAAAGAUCCCGGCGGCUAAGGUGGCGGAACAUAUGCGCAUCGGUUUGCUUGAUCCGCGCUGGGUCGAGCAGCGGGACAAACACAUCGAGAAGGUGGCACAGGAAAAUGUGUACGCACCGGGUGCUGCAAUCGAGGCCAGUCUGAAGCAGCUGGCCGAACGACGUACCGAUAUUUUCGGUGUCGGUGACGAGGAAGCGGCCAUCGGUAAAAAACUGGGCGAGGAAGAACCGCGCAAGGACGAUCGUGUCACUUGGGACGGACACACGUCGAGCGUGGAGGCGGCUACAAGGGCGGCCCGUGCAAACAUUACGCUUGAAGCACAGAUACACCAGAUACACAAGGUGAAGGGACUGAUACCGGACGAGGAGAAGGAAAAGAUAGGGCCGAAACCGAUUCCCGGCACGAUGUCCUCCGUGUCGAAGUCCAACCUACAGCAGCAGCAGCAGCAGCAUCAGCAACAUCAGCAACAUCAUCAGCAACAUCAGCAGCAACAUCAGCAACAUCAUCAGCAACAGCAACAUCAUCAGCAGCAUCAUCAGCACCAGCAUCAUCACCAUCAUCAGCACCAACAGCAGCAACAAAAUCCGCAGCUUGCCCAGAUGCAAUCCCAGAAAGGAAUGCCCCAGAUGCCACCACACCCUAUCCCCCCACCGGUACCGCCGAUGAUGAUGAUGGCCAUGGGACCGCCACCGUUCGCCGUUGGCUCGUACGUGCCACCGUUGGCACCACACGCCGCCCCACAAAUGGCGCCGGGUGGUGGUGGUGCUGGUGUCGGUGGUGCACCAGUUGUCCCCGAUGUACCGAUGCAGCAGCAGGUCGGAGGUCACGAUAUUGCACCGUCGAUGGAUGAACCACCGAGCAAAAAGUCCCGUACCGAAGAUAAUCUGAUCGAGGAGAGCGUAUUCCUGCAGCGGCACAGUUCGGCCGGACCGAUCACCGUACAGGUGCAGUGUCCAACCAUGACCGAGAAGAAUGACUGGAAGCUAAAUGGGCAGAUUAUUUCGCUGUCGGUCAAUCUGACCGACACGAUCAGCUCGGUAAAGGCGAAGGUACAGACGGAAACGGGUAUGCCGCCAGCGAAGCAGAAAAUUUUCUACGAUGGUAUGUUCUUCAAGGAUAACAACACCAUCGCCUACUACAAUUUGCUCAACGGUGUAACGGUCGCAUUGCAACUGAAGGAGCGUGGUGGACGAAAAAAGUAAGCGUGGCACUUGAAGCAUUUUGGCG